GUAGAUCCUAGUAUUAUCUCCAUUCUUCAUUGGUAGCACGCUACUACUAGUAGUAGUACUACUGGUGUGACGUACCUUCUUCCCAAAACAAUUAUUUCUUCAGUCUUCUUGCACAAGUGAGUGACUUUUCUGUUGCUAGUAGCAGUAGUACUCAAAGCCGCUAAUUCCAGUGCUCUGAUAUGGAGGGGUGUUCAUUCAGUACUGGACUUGACACAAGAAGUUUGCCUGAUGCUAGUAGCUCAUUAAAAGCCACCGAUACAAUUCCAGUGAGUAAAAACAACUAAAAAGUAUUCUGAAAGGAUCCUACUUGAAGUAGUUGCUCUAGGUACUAGUAGUAGUAAGAACAAGCAGGUGUCAGUGCCAACCACCAAUUGGGCACCAGCACUCCUAGUAGUACCAGCAGCAAGAGAUCUAGUAGUAGAUACUAGAAGGAUGGAAGAAGCACCAGUGGCGCAAUCUGGCAAUGUAAGUUGCUGAUAGUAUCACAAGCUACUGCUACUAGUAGUAGUAUUGAUACUAGCACAACAACUACUGCAAUUACAGCUAGUUAGACACUGCUGCUGCUACUAAUACUGUGGGAGUGACUACUAUCUACUAGUAGUAAGAAUACUAGUGGACAGCACCAAAUAGUAGUACUAGUAGUACUACUAGUACUAGUAGUAGUACUAGCACAAGCACACUGCACUACUACGGCUAGUAAGACACUGCUGAUAGUAGAACAAAUGACUUCAUGCCAAGGACUUCUUAUUCCAGCCUUCCAAAGGACCACUCACAAUACUUUCUUUAUGCAAAAACUCUGUGACUUCAUUAAGAGCCAAAUUGGCUGCGUUGACCUGAUGGGACGGUAGUACAAAAUGAAAUUUCCCCUAAACGUCCCUCCGGCCUGUAAAAACAAUCACCAAAAGCUUGAUCGCGGAUUCGAACCACGGACCUCUUCAUUACUAAUGAAGUGCUCUAACCAACUGAGCUAAACAAGCUUUCUCCUCACAGCAUGACUCCAAAAUUAUACUUUAUCAAAUCUAAUUUAGAAAAAAAUAACGCGUGUCAGAAUUCUCUGCGAAGCAUGACAUCUUCGUACGUAACAUGAUUGCGGCACCUGUAAGAUUUUCGCGUUUGAUUUGUUGGUUCGAACUUGUUGGUCAACUCGUACGAUUCCGGAGUCAAAAGACCCCGUGCGCUUACUACAACUAACCCAUGGGUUACGGUACGAAUGCCUGUUUGUGUACGAUACCCGUUCCAGUGUAGACAACAUCUUCGAACCGUGAACUCUGCUGUUCAAAAGUUACUUUGCCGUUAUUAUCAAGGAUUCCAACUAACAUAAAACUGCAGCGAAGGUAGCCGGUUCCCGUCUUUUUCCUGAGUUUUGUCUCGACUAGAACCUCCCGGCACCUAGAGGUCAACAAAACAUACCAAGAUACAUCUGAAGGUGCCAUCGCGUUAUUGCUUUGAACGAUUGCCCCAUCACAGAGUGCGAUGCUCUUACGAAGAUAUGAUUCCAGCGAAGGAUACGAAAAAGACAACACGACAAGGAUAGCAGAAGGUCCUCUGAAGAAGGACAGGCACCCGUCAUGCUUUUCAUUCCAUGCCAGUCCGUACCGAAAAAAAUGGACGACUGGAAGACGUUCUUUAUUGCUUUGUGUCUGUAAAGCUGCGAUUGUUAUCUGCUUGACAUUUAUAUCCUUUGUUCCUUCCUUGGCAAUAGGCUCCGGAACCGGCUUUCAAACAGAAUCGCAACCGAUGCCACCAUCUGCAACACCAUCAUCAUUAUCGAAAUCUACACAACUGGGAUCCGGUUCCGACAAAACUUCAGAAACAACGCUUGCUUUCAACUCUACCGAGGCAGAAGCAGAAGCCUCUCAAUCCUUGGCUCUCCUGCUCCUCCUUCUCGAAAUCAAUGAAGGUGACGAAACACUUUCUAAUUUAGAUGACGACGAGGAUGCGUUGGACAUUCCAAUAUCUACAGAGACAACAGAUCAUAUUCCAAUGUCAUUGGUCAAUGGCAACAACCUGAACGGUAUCGACGCCAAAGCGAAACCCUCGUUUUUAGUAAUAUGUACGGUGGAUGGAUACAUUAUGGUGCUGAAUGCCAACGACGGAAGUCUAGUAUAUGCAUUUAGCUCGGGUAUACCACUGGCCGGACCUUCGGAACCCCUGGACGAGGACAUCUUUGCUGAUGGCACCAGGGGUAGUCCAAACAAUAACAAUCAAGAUUAUGAACGGAGAAUCGUUCCGUUUCCAGAUGGUCAAUUGUACGACAUUGGAGACGGUGGAAUGUCAGUGAAACCUCUCGGAAUCUCAGUCCAGGAUAUUCUGGCAAAUCCUGCGAAGACCUGUUGGAAGAGUGGAAAGAGUACUAGGAACACGGAAGCAAGCCAUGGCAAAUGGGAUCGUGAUGUUGGCAAUGACGGCUAUGACGAUGCUAGUUACUGGGAUGACAACAUUAACAACAACGAACUCGAUCACAUUGAAGACAAGGAAGAAUGUGGUAUCGUUACUGCCACCAAAUCGAUCUCUCUCUUUGCCUUGGACUCUUUCACUGGAAACUUGGUUUGGCAUCAAUACCCUAAUGGAACGACCCUGAAAAUGGAUGACCACGAAACCGCUCACGGCGAUAAUGAUCAUACGAAUCCCAAUGCAUCAUCCUCUGGAAGAAAAAAGAAAGAUCAAACUCAAAGCACGGUUUUGUUGCAGCGCGAAGACGUCGUUGUCCAACAAAUCAGCACCGACAACGGUGAACCCGUCUGGAACGUUACGUGGGCUACAUUGCGAGGACUGGAGUUCGGUGAGUCUGACGAUCAGGGGGGGCGACCGCGGUCGCCGCGAGGACACGGCUCGGGGGAUCUAUUGCCGCCAUCGGAACAGGGUCUCUUGCCGACCGGUGAAGAAACAACCGACGGGAAUGGUUUUGGUAAAGAUGACUGUGAUUCGGUCUUCUCGACGAGACUACCUGACAUUCUCUUCAGCGAAGAUGGGACAAGCAUAACCGCUGUCGAGUCUUCCCGCAGCAACUGCCCACCACCGGAAAUCAUGUGGACCCGGGAAUUUCCCAAGACCGUGGCGUCUGUCUUUGGACUGAAUGGCAAAUCAUGGGAGCCACUGACGGUCCUUGACGAUGUCGGAGCCGGACCAUCAGGAUCAUGGAACGGCGAGAAGCAUCUCCUGCCUCAGUCCUCUAACAACUAUGAUGACAACAAUCCUACAGAUCUAGGAAAGGAAUUGGCAGUUAUAAAACAACAACCCAGUCACAUUACCAGCCAUGAAUUCGUGAAUAAUUAUCGAACGGAUCGAUUAUAUCACGGUAGAGAUUUUCUCUUUCGAAAUGGAAUCCGAUUUCCUUUCCACACGCAGCGAGUAGCUCCGACUUUGCAGUCCUUCACUCCCAUUACUGGUGGUAGAGAUGACAAAGACAACCGGAAUUCUUUCGUUGGGUCAAAUUAUCUGCAGCUUCCAUCUCCGGAAGGUUACAGUGACGAUAAAACACAACAAAAAGAGUUGUCGGUCCGUUUAGAAUGGCAUAUCUGGUUGCUAGCAGCUAUUGGUGUCGUGUCUUUAAUGAAGUCUUGUUAUCGUCGCAUUUACGAACAAAAGGAGCAAGAAGCCACAGAUACAAACGCUGUAAGACUGCAGGCCAUGCCUGGAAUGAAUGAGCAAAAACAACAAAUAUCUGUAACUCAGCCAACCACUAGCGAUUCAAAGAAAGAAGAGAGGACUGCAACAACGAAAACUUCCACUACGAACGGCAGUCCGAAAGUAGACGAUUCCACUCCUCACUAUGGAGUCGGACUAAUCGAUGGAAGCAUUCCGUUGAUCCAGUACACGAGAUACGCUUCUGAGUUUGAAGAAAUUGGGGCACUUGGCAAAGGAGGUUUUGGGAGCGUCUUUCAAUGCCGGAACCCGUUAGAUAAAAGAGACUAUGCUAUCAAAAAGGUAUUGAUUCGAAGCGACUCAAAACAACCGCAGUCAGAUUUUACGAAUCGACUGAAAAGGACCCUGCGGGAGGUAAAAUCCUUGGCGUCGUUGGACCACUCGAAUAUUGUAAGAUACUAUACUGCAUGGUUGGAACGGGAACAGUUGAAUGGUGGUAAUGAUAGCGAGAAUCCUUCAGACGGCACUCCGGGUGCCAGUGACUAUUACAUGAUGUCGUAUACGAGGACAUCUCAUGUGAAAGGUUUUGGAUCCGGUCAAUUCUCUGAAUCAGUUGGGUCCCCUAUGUGGAAAUCAAACAAUAACUUUUUGAAUCCAUUCGGCUCCGGAGGGGGCUUACCACCUGUAUUUGAUCAUUCGUUCUCGACUUCUAGUGGUCAGAACCACAGUAUUUCAGAGGUUCCCGAAGCUUUGGAUGACUACGGGUUUGUCUUUGACAGAAGUAACACUGAAGGUGAGCAAUGUGAUGAAACCGCGAGAAAUGAAAGAACUGAAACCCAAGUCAUAAGCAGGCCACAAUCGAAAUCCACCACCGUUCCGUCGUCUGGAGGGGGCUUGCCGCCGGUAUUUCAAAAUUCGGCCACAUCUUCUAGUUGUCAGAGCCACAAUAUUCCUGGUGUUCCCGAUGCACUUGAUGAUUAUGGGUUUGUCUUUGACAGAAACAGUACUGAGGACGAGCACUCUGUAACUUCUGCAACAGAGGAAAGUCUGAAAAAUCAGGCUGUGCCCGAGCUAAAAUCGGCGAUAAAAAACGGUACAAUUUUGCCCCGAAACAAGUCUCGUAUGAACAAUGCCAUCAGCUUCCAGUCAUUGAGAUCUUCAAGAUCCAGUAUUGAAGAAUCGACGUCAGAAUGGUCUCAGGAAAGUAAAAACCAAUCCGAUGCCACACAAGAAGGAAACGAAUCCAACACCAUCGAAGAAAAGGUUGCAGAACCAACCGUAUCUCAAAAGUACAUUUUAUACAUCCAGAUGCAGUUUUGCUCUCAAAAAACACUCGCAGAUUUUCUGUCGAACGAAGAGGCGCGGAGAGGCCCAUCAGGUAGUAGCAUCGGCGGCAUCGAUAUCCCGUACGCUCUGAGCUUAUUUCUACAAACCUGUCAAGGUGUCAAACACGUGCAUAGUAAAGGACUUAUCCAUCGUGACUUGAAGCCAAACAAUAUUUUUAUUGAUGAUGAUGGAGCAGUAAAGGUUGGUGAUUUUGGUUUGAGUCGCGCGUCGAGCGAUAGCAAUAAGGGUGACGGAGAGGCGGAUUCGUCCGUCGUGGUAGGGUCCACGAACAAUCCCAGUAAUGCAGAUAUUACUGCAGGAGUUGGCACUCGAUCCUAUGCCAGCCCAGAGCAGAUGAAAGGGGGCUCAGAUUAUGAUUCGAGUACUGAUAUCUAUUCACUCGGAAUUAUCCUUUUUGAAUUGUGCUAUCCAAUGUACACGGUAAGUUUGUAACACAAAACUAACUAAAUUGAAGCAACGAGUAAAGUUGAAUGGCUCCUUGCAGUUGUACCCAGUAUCCUUACGGUGAACUUCACAUUGACUUCCUUUCGUAUCUGACAGGGGAUGGAGCGCAAUAUAGUUUUGAGCAACCUUCGCAAUCACAUUCUUCCGAAUCUAUGGACGGAGACCGUUGCCGUAGAUUUUCCGAGACUUAAUUCACUUGUGCUUUCCAUGAUUUCAAACAAGCCCAAAGAUCGACCAACUGCUCAAGCUGUUGUUGAACAAAUACAGUCGGUUUUGGAAGGAUUCACCAUAUCAUCUCUAGAUAAACGUGACUAUGAAGGUUCCAUUCUAUUGCGCGUCGAAAUUAUGUUUUGUGAGAACGGCUUGCACAAAACAAUGAAUCUUCUACGAGAAGCAGCCCUUCCCAACUUGAUCGAUAUAGUCCAGUACGGUCUUCGGAGUAGCACAAGCAAGGGUCAAAUGAAGUCGAUCAUGGAAUUUGCAAUUGUUCCGAGACCUCAACAACCAGAGGAUGAACCAGAGGAUGCUCCCGAGUGCUCGCCUGCCAGUAUUGGAGCAUUGAUGGUGAAAAAGCUCAGUGAGAAAACGCUCAGUGAGAAAACGCCCUGUGACAAUCCACAGGUGCUCUUGAUCCGUCAAGUAUCUGCAACGAAGUAUGCGUGAGCAGAGUUGGAAAAGGCAUUAAAACAUACCUAUUCUUUACAAGAAUAAAGAACUGAUGCUGUUACUAGACGCAAUUGUUAUCAACGAUGCCGUUAAUUGUUCAAAUUAUUUGGAAAUUACAUUGAUCAAAUAGACCUCACUAUUGUUA